UGAAAAGUAUCUAACACAUAUCCCACACUCUUGUCUGAGUGUCGGGUGUAAGACACAUAUGAUUUAUUUUGAAGAGCCCGUGUAACAUAGGGUAGUGGAGUGAUGUCUUAGUAGUGGUGAACCUGUUAUGUAAUGUCCCUUUCUAUUAGCUGAGCAAGUCGCAUGCAUGUUUUGAUAUUUCAUGCUAUCAUACCUUGAGGAGGGUCAGCCAUAAAACAAUAUAGAUAAGAGAAGACUAUGAUACUGUUAGGACUCUGUAUAUGCCUCCCAUGCAAGUUAAUAUUCGCAUUUAACUUCAAAACAAUCAUGCAUGGUACACAUCACACAUUCUAAAAGAUGUCUGUAACAUCAGUUUUUCCCCUUUCAAUGGAUCUACACUAAUUAGGUUUCAAUUUGCAGGGUAUCGUUGUUUUUGCAUCAGUAAUGGCAACUCUUGGAUUACAAAUAUUGCUUGAAUCUGCUAGGCAACUUAUGGCAAAGGUCGGUCCCAACACGAACCCUGAGAAGGAAAAAUGGAUGAUUGGGAUUAUGGUAUCUGUCACUGUGGUGAAGUUUGUGCUCAUGGUCUAUUGCCGAAGAUUCGAAAAUGAAAUUGUUAGAGCCUAUGCUAAAGAUCAUUUCUUUGAUGUUGUCACAAACACAGUUGGAUUAGCAACAGCUGUUCUAGCAAUCCGAUUCUACUGGUGGAUUGAUCCUACUGGGGCUAUAAUUAUAGCAUUAUAUACAAUUAGCACUCAAAUUUGA